AAUCAAGCAAUCCAUAUUUUGUCGUAUAAAUCCACAAAAAUGUACGCAAACAAAAACCCUCCAUUCUCUCUCUUUCUUAAACCCUAAAAGAAAAAACCCAAACCUCCAAAAUGGGUAGCAACCAAGCCGCAGUCUCCUUCCUAAGAAACCUCGCCCGUGCCGCCAUCGGCUUAGGCGCCGGAGCCACCGCUCUCAAUUCCUCCCUCUACACCGUCGACGGUGGCCAACGCGCCGUCCUCUUCGACCGUUUCCGCGGCAUCCUCGACCAAUCAGUCGGCGAAGGAACCCAUUUCCUCAUCCCAUGGGUUCAAAAACCGUACAUCUUCGAUAUCAAAACUCGUCCCCACACUUUCUCAUCAAUCUCCGGUACCAAAGAUCUUCAAAUGGUUAACCUAACUCUCCGUGUUCUCUCUCGUCCUGAUACCGAAAAUCUCCCCACAAUCGUUCAGAAUCUCGGUCUCGAAUACGACGAAAAGGUUCUCCCUUCGAUCGGUAACGAGGUUUUGAAAUCUGUUGUGGCGCAAUUCAAUGCGGAUCAGUUACUCACCGAACGUCCGCAGGUGUCUGCGCUCGUUCGGGAGAGCCUGGUCCGACGUGCUAAGGAUUUUAACAUCCUUCUUGAUGAUGUGGCGAUCACACAUUUGUCUUAUGGUGCUGAAUUUUCGCGUGCUGUUGAGCAGAAACAGGUUGCUCAACAGGAAGCUGAGAGAUCUAAAUUUGUUGUUAUGAAGGCGGAGCAGGAGCGUCGUGCUGCGAUUAUUCGUGCUGAAGGUGAGAGUGAAGCUGCUAAGUUGAUUUCUGAUGCUACUAAGGCUGCUGGGAAUGGGUUGAUUGAACUUAGGAGGAUUGAAGCUUCUAGGGAAGUUGCUGGAACGCUUGCCAGAUCGCCUAAUGUUUCUUAUCUUCCCGGUGGAAAUAACUUGAUGAUGGCUCUUAAUACUGCUCGUUGAUUUUGUUGGGCUCAAUGAUCUGUUUAUGGCUGGAAUUGGAAUGGUCUUGAGGAUUGCUGAAAGGAAACUUUUCUUUUGUUGUAAUCCAAUCUCAUCUGAGCACAAUUUCAUUGAAAUUUUUUUAAGGAAAAAAUUGUAGAAAUAAUUUUGGAUCUUUCUGUUUAUGGAUCAUACUUGGGUUUUUAAACUUGUACAAUGGUGACUACAUGCUUGCAGGAUAUGUGGUGACAUGAUGUUGAGUA